AUGUCGAUAUCCCAUCAAAUACUUGACGGCCACACAAGUGAUGUCAAUUGGGUUGACUUCACGGGCACUAAACUCCUGGUCAGCGCCAGCAAUGAUAAGAGCGUCCGAUUGUGGGAAUCCGAUGACAACGGGGUCUUCAAACAGAUCUCAUUGUCACCAUUGGUUGGACACCACUAUGGCGUCAAUUGUGUCCGAUUCUCGCCAUUUGGCACAAUCAUCGCCUCGGGCUCUACCGAUGGCAACAUUAUCUUAUGGAAUACACACACCGGCGAACAAGUGGUGAAACUGAAACACGAAAGCGGGAGUGGAGUCAGAGUUUGCAGUUUCUCUCCCUCGUCAUCGAUGUUGGCCUCCGGAGGCGAUGACGAGAGUCUUGUCAUUUGGGACAUCAGUACCCGAUCUAUGAUUAGAUCACUGGCCGAUCACGAGGCGAUGAUCACUGCCUGCACUUUUAGUCCCGACAGUUCAUUCCUAAUCUCUGGAUCAAGUGCUGGUGAUUUGAAGAUGUGGGACGCGAAGUACGGACACGCAAAAUGUUUGUUCACUACUCCCGAAGCCCACGAUUUGGGUGUUUUAGGCUGUGAUUUCAGCUCUCAAUAUGAAGUGAAUGUAACGGACGGUCCGCUCCAGAGUUUCUAUCUGUUAGCCUCUUGUGGUAACGACGAUCUCGUGAAGCUGUGGCACGUGAGGGGUGGUCUCAAGUCGUCUAUAACUCUAUCGCAUACAUUGAAAGGACACAACGGAAACGUCAAUUGUUGUCGAUUUUCCACCNAGAGUUUCUAUCUGUUAGCCUCUUGUGGUAACGACGAUCUCGUGAAGCUGUGGCACGUGAGGGGUGGUCUCAAGUCGUCUAUAACUCUAUCGCAUACAUUGAAAGGACACAACGGAAACGUCAAUUGUUGUCGAUUUUCCACCGACGGCUCACUUCUGGCCUCAGCCGCCGGCGAUAAACUUGUGAUCAUAUGGAACCCACAGAAUGGCGCUCUCGUCCAUAAACUCGAGGGUCACACCCGAUAUGUCACGAGUUGUGCCUUCUCUUCGGACACUAAAUACUUGGCCACCGGUUCUAACGAUAAGACUGUUAUCAUUUGGAAUAUGUCUGAUAUGAAGGACAGGGAUGUUGUCAUCACUAAGAAUGGAAACGUGGAAACAUCGGCGAUGAUAGCGUCCGGUAGUAAUAUUGUCUCCGAGUGGACACUCAAUGAUGUGAUCGUAUGGUUGGAAAGACUGGAAUUAGGGAAAUACAGUUCCGCCUUCAGAGACAACUCUAUCGAUGGCAUAGAAUUAAUGCAUUUGACAAACGAUAGCCUUUUGACAUCACUUAAGAUCGAUUCUUUGGGCCACAGGAAUAAAAUUCUGAGAGGAAUCCAUGCGCUGAAGAACCCGUUGUGGCAACACAUCAACGAUGACGCCGAAGACACGACAUCGAUGCCCAACGAACUCUGUUGUCCCAUCACUCAUGAGCUGAUGAAGGAACCGGUCGUCGCCGCAGACGGCCACUCAUACGAGAGGGAAGCGAUCACUGAAUGGAUAAAUAACGGCAACUCUACGAGUCCUAUGACUAACGAACACAUCCCUCGCCGUCAAAACAUGUCAGACAAUGGUCUAAAUCGUGCCGAAUUGAUCUCGGUGUUUAUUAGGGCUGGCAUUUUGGGCAUUUGCUCGUACUUUGCGGUCAAAUGGAUGGUCAAUACAUUAGAUCCGACCCGAAAACAGAAACGAGAGGCACAGCAACGGGCUGAGCGACUUCUGUCACGACUCGGUGUCACAGAUCUGAAGACAUCGCUCAACGAAUACGAGCUGUCAAUUGCCGCCCAAUUGGUUGACCCGCAGUCGAUAGAAGUGACGUGGAGUGACAUCGCGGGUCUUCAGGACGUGAUCGACGACAUUAAGGCGACAGUAAUACUGCCGAUCCGUACGCCGGAGCUGUUCUCGCGGUCUGAGUUGCAUCAGCCGCCCAAAGGAGUGCUACUUCACGGACCGCCCGGUUGUGGCAAAACGAUGAUCGCGAAGGCGACGGCGAAGGAGGCGGGCGCCCGAUUCAUUAACCUGGAAGUGCCCGCACUCACCGACAAGUGGUACGGCGAGAGCCAGAAGUUGGCCGCAGCGGUGUUCACACUGGCGCUCAAACUCCAGCCGUGCAUUAUCUUCAUCGACGAGAUCGACUCGUUCUUGCGGUCGCGCGAGACCCACGACCACGAGGCCACUGCUAUGAUGAAGGCUCAGUUCAUGAUCCUCUGGGACGGACUCAUCUCCGCCAAACACUGUCAGGUGAUAGUCAUGGGCGCCACGAAUCGACCCCAAGACGUGGACAAAGCCAUUCUCCGCCGAAUGCCCGCAAUGUUUCAAAUACUAUUGCCCAACAAAAUGAAGAGACGGGCGAUCAUCGAUCUGGUCCUCGAACGCGAAGAGCUCAACGAAAACGUCAAUUUAGACACCAUUUCGGACAUUACGGACGGCUUCUCCGGAAGCGAUCUGAAAGAGUUGUGCAGAAGUUCCGCUAUGUAUAGAGUGAAAGAGUUUUCCACUCAUUUACUCAACUCUUUGCCGGAUAUGGUUUGCGGCGACGAUCGCGAGGUCUUCAUGUCUGCCGACUCUAUAUCAAGCCUUCGCUCCAUAAAUAUGAAUGACUUUCUGUCAGCCGUUCAGAGGAUGAAGGAAAGCAAAGUUAUGUUACUUUCGGGGCAUUCGGUUAUAGGACUCGAUUAAGCUUUUGUUUAUGAUUUUUCUUAGUCUUUAUAAUUAAUUGAUCCAUAAGUCAGUCAUCAAUAGGAUUGUAAACAAUCUAACAAUGUCUCUAUAUUCGCACCCAUUUUUACAAUCAUUUCUUUGCAAACAAUUUAUCUAAUAUUUCAAAUAUAAAUGUUUUUAUUUAUUUUAUGUUAAUUACAAUUAAAAGUUUAAUCACUCGAUCGACACUGAAAUCACUGUAUAUCUA